AUGGCCGUGGCGCAGGAGCAGCAGCAGCGUGCCGGAGCCUCCGCUUCGUCACCUCCUCGCAUCUGCAUCCUUGACAGCGCCGUCGUGCGUCCGUCUCCUUUACCAUCAGGUUCUGCCCCGCCGGAGUGCUCCCUCCCGCUCACCUUCUUCGACGUCUUCUGGCUGAGCUUGCCGCCCGUCGAGCGCCUCUUCCUCUACCGCCUCGCCCCGGACGCCGACGUCCCCGCCAUCCUCUCCAACCUCAAGACCUCCCUGUCCCAGGCCGUCCGCGUCUUCUACCCCCUCGCGGGCCGCCUUCGGCUCACCCCGGGCACGUCCAACCGCUACGAGCUCUACUACCGCCCUGGAGACGGCGUCGCCUUCACCGUCGCCGAGUACGACGCCGGCGGCGGCGGCGCGGAAGACGACAUCGACUGGCUCGCCGCCGACGAACCGCGGGAGGUCGCCAGGAUCGCCCCGCUCGUGCCGCCGCUGCCGGCGGGCGGUGCCGUGCUCGCCCUGCCGGCCACGCUCCUGCCAGCGCGCCGCGGCCUCGCCGUCGGCGUCACCGUGCACCAUGCCGCUUGCGACGGCUCUGCAUCCACGCACUUCCUCCACACCUGGGCGGCGGCCGCGUGCACACGCGCCGACGCGCCGCCGCCUCCUGUCAUAGACCGGAGCCUCCUCCCCCACCCCAGAGGCCUUUACGACGUCUUCUACCGACCCGUGCUGGCGACCACCGCCGAUGAUGAGAUGGAGCUCUUCAAGGCGCCCGCCGACCAGCUCCUCGCCACCUUCACGGUGUCCAAGGACGACGUGCAGCGCGUCAAGGACGCCGUGGCCGCCGAGCCUCCCCUCCCCGACAAGUACCUCGGCAACUGCGUCGGCCCUGCGCUCUGCCUGCCACCCAGGGACGAGGUUGCGGCCGCCGGCGCGGGCGGCGUGUUCAGCGCGUGCGCCGCGGUUGCCACAUCAAUCGAUGAGGCGGUGAGCGGCAUCGGGACAUCAGGCAUGGACGCCUGGGGGGACCGCGUCAUCGGGCUUGCCCGCUCUAUUGGCAUGCUGUCCGUGGCCGGCUCGCCGAGGUUCCGCGUCUACGAUCUGGACCUGGGGUUCGGCCGUCCGGCGAAGGUGGACAUCGCGUCCGUGGCGAAGACCGGCGCGGUGGCAGUGGCGGAGAGCCGGCGCGGCGCCGGCGGGAUGGAAGUGGGCGUCUCUCUGCCGCGGGAUGGCAUGGACAUGUUCCACAAGUGCUUCGCCGAUGCAAUCGCCGCGGGGCAGAACCAGAGCUGA